AUGGACGCCUCCUCCCUCCGCAUCUCCAAGUUCGAUGGAACUAACUUCCACGCCUGGAAGUUCAAGAUGCAGAUGGUGCUGGAGGAACGGGACCUAUGGGAGGUCGUCAGCGGUGAGAUCAAGGCGGAACAGUGCGAGACUCAGUUGGACCAAGCGACGUACAAGAGGAAGUCAAGAAAGGCGAUGGCAGUGAUCUGUCUAGCCAUGGAAGAUUCCCAGCUACCGUUGGUCCGGUCGGCAAGUGGUGCAUGCGACGCAUGGUCAAGGUUGGAAGACCACUUCGAGAAGAAGAGUCUUGCCAACAAGCUGUUCUUGCGCCGUCGCUUCUUCACGACAAUGAUGGAAGAAGGCGACGAUGUGCUCGAACACAUCAACAAGCUCAAGACGCUGGCGGAACAGCUAGAAGCGGUGGGGGCUCCAGUCUGCGAGGACGAUCUGGUGAUCACACUCCUCGGCAGCCUGAGUGACUCGUAUCAAUUCUUGAUCACAGCUUUGGAGUCGCGCUCAGACACUCUUAGCUGGGAGCUCGUGACGUCUCGACUGCUUCAUGAAGAAAUGAAGCGGAAGGAGCAAGGAAGUAAAGGUGAUGAAGCUUCGCAAGGUCAAGCGUUCAUCACAAGGGACAAUCAGCGCAAAGGGCGACCAGUGAAGAAGUCCUGGCCGUGCCACAAUUGCGGAAAGAUUGGUCACUGGAUGGCGGAGUGCCCCUCGCGCAUCCAAAAAAACACGGAGAGACACCGGCCACAGCGUGCUCAAGACAGCGGCGACCGCUAUCGAUCACAACGUGCAAACGUCGCUCAAGAAGAAGACUCGGGCGACUACCUCUUUUCGAUCGGUGAAACUGUUGAAAAGACAGCGGCUGUGAAGAAGACACCUCGUCAAGCUGCGUCAAGUGUUGAAGCAAGUGGAAGACCAAGCUUCGCUAUACCGGUGGGUACCGGUAUGUACCAGUAA